AUGGAUCAUAUACAAUCCACCGAAGGACGUUCGCUUUAUGAUCCUACAUCAGGUAGUCAAACGAAGGACAGCGAUACGAGACGUCACAACAUUCCAGAAUUUCUAAUGGAGGACACUCUAGAUUCGAAGACCAGGCACGUUCAGCCCAGGCCAUAUGGAACAACGGCAGCAGCCAAAAACUACCAGCGGACUCCUAUGCCUCAACAAAACAACGUAAAUAACGGUGAAAAUACCGCAACUAUCUCUGAAGAUGUCACCGAAUCCGACUCCGAUAAGGAGGAGCGAGUUAUGAAGGAACUCACUGAAAUGGUCGGAAACAGCUAUUAUUCUGCAACACCAUAUUCAUUCCAACCGUUAACUAACGACGACACUGGGGACAAUCGUGCCGCAGUGGAUGCGGAGGGGAUGGCCAAGCCAUGGUUUGACCAAGGGGAACCAAAUGGUACUAUCAUACAACAGGCACAGAUGCAUCUGGAGAAAGCGGAAGAAGAUACUCGCAUGAGAUGCAGCACACAACGCGAAACGAAUCGCAUGGAACAACUUAGAAACCCUAUAGUCAUGAAGACGCGUGGUACAGAGGAGCCUGAGAGACUGACGAAUGAUUCACUUCUGUCAAACUUAUUUUCUAUGCGGAACCCAAGAGAUGCCGGGGCUGGAAUUGUCUCGGGGAUCAAAAGUGUAACCAAGGGUGUCAUGCUGGGAGCAGCCAGUCUUGUAGUUUGCCCCGUUGUAGGAGGACACCAAAAUGGUGUCAGUGGGUUUGUCAAGGGAGUUGGUGCUGGACUAUUAGCUGCUGUCACACUACCGGUUACAGGGGUGGGUAUAGCCAGCUACCAGAUAACUAGGGGCAUUAUAAACACUCCGAACGCAAUAUCUCAACGAGUUAGCGGCAAAAGAUGGAACAAACAACAUGGAGAGUGGAGAGACAACUGGUACUCACUAGAGGAGGAGGUCAAGGAAGUUGCCAGCGCUGUAAAGCGUCAAUCAGAAUCUGUACGAAAUCGUACAGACGCUGCAAAUACAGCUAAAUUUACUUCAGAUGGGAAGGUUGAAGUAAUGGACACUGAGCUCUAUGAUAUACUAGAUAUACACCCAUCCGCCACUCAAGCUGAGAUCAAGAGACAGUACUACAAACUUGCAAAACAAUACCAUCCAGAUAAGACAGGAGACGCAUCUUCAGCUGAAAAGUUCAUGAAACUAGGAGAAGCCUAUCAGGUACUUGGUGAUGAGAAGCGGAGGCAUGCAUACGACCAGUUCGGCAAAUCGGCGUGUGAUGAAAUGCCCAUCCUAGACAGUUCUCUUUUCUUUAUGAUGUUGUUCGGUUCUGAUGAUUUUGAGCCCUAUGUGGGCAAAUUGCGCAUGGCUCUAUACAUGGAACUUGAAGCCGACAAUCGGGAUUAUACCCCAACCACUAACGAUUUCGAGGUGGCACAGUGGGAUCGCGAGGUUAAAUUGGCACUUAACUUACGUGAUUUCGUCAGACCUUACGUAUGCGGUGACCUUGAACAAUGGUACACCGAUAUUAUUGAGAAGGCCAAGGUGCUAUGCACCAACUCAUUCUCUGUGGAACUUGUCGAUACCAUAGGAUGGACAUACAACAAUGUCGCCAACAGAUUUAUCGGUAAAUGGGAUACGUUCCUGGGCAUCGGCGGUAAGGUUGCAAAGAUGCAGGAACAGUCUAAGACACUCCGCAAAGGUGUCAAGGCGUUCACCUCGAUGGUCAAGACGGCCAUAGCAGAACGGAGCGCUCAACGUGGUACUUCAGGUGUUGGAGAGAGGGAAAACAUGCUCAACGAAGAGUACAUGAGGAACGUUUGCGAAAACUCGCUACCCACCAUUAUGGAUGCCAUGCUCAAUAUAUGCCUCAUGGAUGUACAGUCCACAGUGAAGAAGGCUGCCAAGCGCAUUCUAUCGGACAUGGCGGUUGAUGAGCACUGGCGUCGAAAGAGGGCAGAAGGGCUUGGACUCAUGGGUCGAGCAUUCAUGAACGCCGCCGAGGCUGUGCGAAAUCGUCUGAAUGAGGAAAAGCAGCCACUCAAUAUGUACGAUAUGUUUGCGCAAGCUGCAGAUAAGGCACAACAGAAGAAAGCAAAGAGUCAGGACUCCCAUGUAUACCGCAGCGAUGAUGGGUUCUUCUAG